GUCACAUUAUCAAUGAAUAAAAAUAUGAUUAUAAAUUGCAGAAUGCAAUGAUGCAUCACUUGACCACCCUAGAGUAAAGAUGCUCUAAAAAAAAUCAAUUAGGGAGCAAUGGCAAUAUCUUCAAUAAUAAAUAAAUAAAGGGAGUAAUGGCAUUAAUGCUUCCUACCGAACUCUAGGCUUCUCCCCAUAAAUACCCUACUCAUUCAGCUCCACCACACCCAAACCUCCACAAAUAUUCCCACUUCCUCUGAACCUCUGAUCACCCAUUAAGACAAGAGAAAGAAGAAACCCAAAAUCUUGAAAGCUCAAAUAAAAGCUGAAAUGGCGAAGGACAUGGGGGUUGGCACAGAAUACGCAGCACCAAAGGACUACCAUGACCCUCCCCCAGCUCCCCUGAUUGACCCAGAAGAGCUAGGGAAGUGGUCCUUCUACAGGGCCGUCAUAGCCGAGUUCAUCGCCACUCUCCUCUUCCUGUACGUCACAGUCCUGACCGUGAUCGGGUACAAAAGCCAGACCGACCCCGCCGUCCACGGCGCCGACGACCCCUGCGGCGGCGUGGGCAUUCUCGGCAUCGCCUGGGCCUUCGGCGGCAUGAUCUUCGUUCUCGUCUACUGCACCGCCGGUAUUUCCGGCGGCCACAUAAACCCGGCGGUGACGCUCGGCCUGUUCUUGGCGAGGAAGGUGUCGCUGGUGCGCGCCGUCAUGUACAUGGCGGCUCAGUGUCUGGGGGCGAUCUGCGGGUGCGGGCUUGUGAAGGCGUUCCAGAAGGCGUACUAUGUGAGGUAUGGCGGCGGCGCCAAUGGGCUGCAAGAUGGGUACAGCAAGGGCACCGGUUUGGGCGCUGAGAUUAUUGGCACUUUUGUUCUUGUUUACACUGUUUUCUCUGCCACUGACCCCAAGAGAAACGCCAGAGACUCCCAUGUCCCUGUUUUGGCACCACUUCCGAUUGGGUUUGCGGUGUUCAUGGUUCAUUUGGCCACGAUUCCGAUCACGGGGACGGGGAUUAACCCGGCGAGGAGUCUUGGGGCGGCGGUGAUGUACGGGAAGCAGAAGGCGUGGGAUGACCAGUGGAUUUUCUGGGUAGGGCCAUUCAUCGGAGCUGCCAUUGCUGCAUUCUACUACCAGUAUAUAUUAAGGGCAGGGGCAGCCAAAGCUCUGGGCUCCUUUAGGAGCAAUGCCUGAUUAUAUUGAUCCCAGUGGUUGCCUGAGGACCCAAAUCCUCCAUGGGAGGAAUUGUGAAUACACAAAUAGCAGGAUUGGUGAAGAGGUGGUGGUGUUUUUAGUGGUGCCAAGUCAAGGAUAAUGUGAUUUCCACUUCUUUUUUCUUCCACGUUUUGCCCUUGGCUUUUAAGCCCCUUCUUGUCUGUCUGGCUGUGUGGUGUUUGGGUCCAUCCGGGCACAAGAAACAAUAAUAAAAUUGUCAGAGUAAUCUAUCUUUUUUGUUUAGAUUUUCCUUCUCUAAAAGCUCUCUAGUGACUCUAUUUUGAUAUGAGAAAAAGUACCCGGUGGGCAUGGGGGAAGAUCCAAGUUCGAUUCCUGGGAACUGCGCCGAGAAUCAACUAUGCUAACCAUAUGGUCUCUACAAGUAUCAGGGAUUGUGGCUAUCUCCGGCGACGGGAAGCACUCUUGACAGCACUACUACUUCACUCUCUACACUCUCAGCUAUCUCUUGGAAGAAGAUUGGUGAAGAAUGGUAGAGUUUGGAUGGGUUUAUAUAGUAGAGAGGAGAGGAAGAAGACAUAGGUUGAUGACCUCCCUUUCCCUGUUUUGGCGUCUCAGUGGAGCGGACGGCCUAUCUCUACGAUUCCAAACGCAAGUCCGUGAUUGGGACUAAUUUGGUCCAGUCGGGGAAAACUUUUUACGACAUCAUAUUUUUGGGUGGUUGACUUUGACAGAAUCAAAAUUGGUUAAAUUG